GGGUCGUGGGGUUGCCGCAAACGCUAAUCUCGAAAAAAAGGAGAGAUGCUGGUAAGCCCUUACCGGUGGAGGUAGAUCUUGAAACAGGCAAAGUUGUUGGCACUGAAGCAAGCAAUUAUGUUCGAUUUCUUGGCCAACAAGUAAGCAUGUUGUGCCCGGGUGGUCAUCUAAAUUUUUCUGAUGUACCCCAACAAUACAAGGAUCAAGUGCUCAAUCGAAUUAGAGUGAGUGAUUUUUAAUUAUUAAAAGUUGUAAUAAUUUUAUGUCCUCAUUUAUAAAUUAACAUAACUUUAAAUUACUUUUAUUACAUAGUUCUACUUUGAUAUCGAUGGGAAUCCCCAUCGAGACCUACUUAUGGGGACUUUAUAUUCGGUGAUGGCGGAGCGGUAUAGUGAGCGAAAGACACUCAGACACAAGCAUUUCAAACAACAUUACAAAAAACCAGAAGAUUGGGACACAGUGCUCAAAUUCCCCCCCUGACUACUUGAAUACCGAGACUUGGAAACCGGUUUGCGAAUUGUUCGUUAGCGAGGCAUUUUUGAAUCGUUCAACUAAAAAUAAAUCGAAUCGGCAACUAAUGAAAUAUCCAACAACGCAAGGCACAAAAUCGUUGGCGUCCAUACGCCACGGAAUGGGGGGUCCUCCUGGAGAGCAUGUAGUUGAAGCAUGGAAGGAGAUCCAUGUGAAAAAACCGUCUGGAACUUUCGUUAAUGAAUUAGCUGCAAAAGAUUAUGAGGAACUGAUCAAGGAGCUUGAUAGGAAGCGACUGGAACGACAAUCCCAGAGCGAUACUGGGACUGAAUCUGAAUCUGAUACUGGUUAUCAGUUUGACGUUAUGGAAACAAUUCUAGGCCAAAGAUCUGACUAUCAAAGAGGCGUGGGUAAAAGGCUCAAGGGCAAAGGAAAGAAACCAAUCCCUCAAACUCAAUCAACGGUGCCUCCCCAACCAACUACUGAAAUGAUGAGCACUGUGGCAGAUAUAUUCUCAGCUAUGCGUGCCACUUGGGGGGUAAUUUGACGCCUGAACAACGUGCCCAAAUAUUUAACCCACGUUUUGACAAUUUCAUUCAAACGUAUAGUCAGUCGCAGUCGCCUGGUGGUUCGUCUUCUCAGAGUCAUGCCGCUCCUCCGGAACAGCAACAACAACCUCCUUCGCAACCACAAUUUCAGCCUUCCUCGCAACAACAAUUCCAAAAUUUGUCACAGCAGCAAUUUGAAAAUUUUUUGCAGCAGCAACCCCAAUCUUUUCCUCAGCAGUUUCCUCAGCAGCAACAACAGUCUGCUCCGCCAAUGGGAAAUCAGUUCUUAUACCGAACACCGUCAGAGUCUCCUCCGCUCGGCUCAAACUU